CAGUAUUCAAAAGUGGCUCUUGCUGGAUCGGAAUGAAAACCUGCACCCACAAUGGCCAUUUGCAGAUAUGCAGAAAGAUGUGUGGUAUCCUGGGUAAACCCUUCACAUAGUCACAAUUUAUAAUUCUUAACACAUAUAACGUUAUCUAAUCACAUAUAACAUGUACAUUUUUUACAACAUAUAGCUAGGAAAACUAUUGAAAACUCCUGAAUUCUGAUUAUGUAUAUCUUUGGCAUUGUAUCUCAACUAGAAACAACGUUACAGCAUUGAAAUCAAGGCAAGUCAAGACAAGAAGCUUUUAUUGUCAUUUCAACCAUAUAUAGCUGACGCAGUACAGAGUGAAAUGAGACAACGUUUAUCCAGGACCCUGCUGCUACAUAAAACAACAUAACAACAUAUAGCUAUGAAACAAAAGAACAACACAGAGCUUAAGGAUAGAAAGUAGUCGUCCUAGCUACAUACACUGCAACAUGUGCAACCUGGGGCAAACAGACAGUACAAAGCAACACAAAAUGUGCAAAACAGAAGAACUGUAAACAACAGGAAGAUGCUUUGUGAUGUUCUGCUGGUUGCUGCUGAAGAGGAGAUUCCUGCCCAUAAAGUGGUGCUGGCUUCCUGUAGUCCAUACUUCUGCGCUAUGUUUACAGGAGAAAUGAGUGAAAGUAAGGCCGCGUGUGUUGAGAUAAGAGACAUGGAUGGACAGACUCUCAGGAAAUUGGUGGACUAUAUUUAUACAGCAGAGAUCGAAGUAACGGAGGACAACGUGCAGGUGCUGCUGCCGGCAGCCAGCUUACUGCAGUUGAUGGAGGUGAGACAGGUGUGUUGUGAGUUCCUGCAGACCCAGCUCCACCCCACCAACUGCCUGGGCAUCCGUGCCUUCGCUGACCUGCACACCUGCAUCGAGUUGUUCACCCAGUCCCAUGCCUACGCGGAGCAGCAUUUUAGUGAGGUCAUGCUGGGAGAAGAGUUCAUGAGUCUUUCCCUGCAGCAGGUGUGCAGUCUUAUCUCCAGUGACAAGCUUACUGUAUCCACUGAAGAAAAGGUGUUUGAAGCCAUGAUUACAUGGAUAAAGCAUGAUAAGGAAGCACGCUUAGAGCACAUGCCAAAGCUCAUGGAGCAUGUUCGCCUGCCACUGUUGUCUAGAGAUUACUUGGUGCAGAUUGUAGAGGAGGAGGCCUUGAUAAAAAACAACAACACAUGUAAGGAUUUCCUUAUUGAAGCCAUGAAGUACCACCUGUUACCCGCAGACCAGCGGCACCUGAUAAAGACAGACAGGACUCGGCCACGCACACCCGUCAGCCUGCCUAAGGUGAUGAUAGUGGUUGGUGGUCAGGCUCCUAAAGCCAUACGCAGCGUUGAGUGCUACGAUUUCCAGGAGGAUCGCUGGUACCAGGUGGCUGAUCUGCCGUCAAGACGCUGCAGAGCAGGCAUGUCUUCUUUUACUGUCCCUGUCUUUGCUGUUUAUUGCUCACCACUCUCAGGUCGACUUAACCCUGUGUUUGUGUGUACAGGGGUAGUGUUUAUGGCUGGUAAGGUGUAUGCAGUGGGAGGCUUUAAUGGAUCUCUGCGUGUGAGAACCGUGGACGUGUAUGAUGGCGUGAGGGAUCAGUGGAGUGCUAUUCCAAGCAUGCAGGAGCGUCGCAGCACACUGGGAGCCGCCGUGCUGGGGGACCUACUCUACGCUGUAGGGGGUUUUGAUGGCAGUACAGGUUUGGCCUCUGUGGAAGCGUACAACCCCAAGACUAAUGACUGGGUUUUUGUGGCUCCUAUGAACACUAGGAGAAGCAGUGUGGGGGUGGGAGUAGUGGACGGUAAACUGUAUGCAGUAGGCGGUUAUGACGGUGCCUCUCGUCAGUGUCUCAGCACUGUAGAAGAGUAUGAUCCAGUCACUAACAAAUGGGACUAUGUAGCUGACAUGAGCACCAGACGCAGUGGAGCAGGCGUAGGUGUGCUGAAUGGGCAGCUGUAUGCCGCAGGGGGACAUGAUGGUCCACUUGUGAGGAAGAGUGUAGAGGUGUUUGACCCGGCCACUAACACCUGGAGGCAGGUGUGUGAUAUGAACAUGUGCAGGAGGAAUGCAGGAGUAUGUGCCAUAAACGGCCUGCUGUACGUUAUCGGUGGGGAUGAUGGCUCGUGUAACUUGUCCUCUGUGGAGUUCUACAACCCUGCUACUGAUAAAUGGAGUCUGAUUCCCACCAACAUGAGCAAUGGUCGCAGCUAUGCAGGUGUAUCUGUUAUUGACAAGCUGUUAUGACUAAGAGCUUCGGUGAGCAGGAGCUCGCUGAUUAAAGUGAAGGGCCGAGGUAGACAUACCAUCAUUUAAAGCUCUGAGGGAGGAGUGUCUCUCUGCCCUGGUCACGCUGAGCCUGUGCUCACCAUGCUGGUGCAUAACUCAUGCCAGAUUGACCGCUAAAAUGCCCUCACAUGCUCUCAAAGUGUGCCAUCUGCUUCUGCUGAUUAUCAGAGGCUACAAAUCAUCAGCAAAAAUGGCCUGGCUGGAGCGAGCGAGGUUUAAAAGGCAGGCAAAAUAAAGUGAAGCGGUCAUUCAGCCCGGCAUGCAGAUCUGAACCUGCAGUCUGUCUGGUACCAACUGCAGGUACAGAGCGUACAAUCUCUCUGCUCUACUACUGAUUUAUAAGACACUGUAAAUACAUUUCUGUCAUCCAGGCAUCAUGUAAAUUCCAAGGCUGAAAUGGGUCUGUUCUCUACAGCCUAGCAAUGACGUAUAUCCUCCAUCAUAGCCUUCAGCCUCAACACCACUACUGCAAGCUGAAUAUCAUCAGUUAAACCUGGAGCAGGACAGGGUGUUAUUCUGGUCAUGUUCUCAAACAUAUUUUUAAUGUUCUUUACUCCUAACAAGGUUUAUCAUGGAAUAGAUGUACUGUAGAAGCGACUCUGCAAAGCUACUAAUCGGAGUGUGGUUGUAGCCAGCUGCUUUUGUGCCAUAGUGUGUUUAAUAUUUUUGCACAUCUGUGCUGGGGCACAGAGAAACAGUUCAUUAACACUAUAGGAAUAUAAAAAUGUGCCAAAUGAAUAUCAGUACUCAGUAAAAACUCACUUUUAUCAUGCAAACCAGUCGGAGGAGCCAGUUUAUUAGGUGCACCACAUUUUUAGCAUGAUAUCAGGUGACGAGAUAGAUCUAUUGCCAGGUAUAAGGGUAUGGAGAUUUUCAGAAGAAUGCUGGAGGCAUAUACAGUGUUAUCUUAAAGUGAAGUCACAAUUACAAAGGUCAGGGAUAAAUAUACGUGAAAGGUUUCUGUUAGCAGUGCUGGUAAACAGUAAGUUCCCAUUGUUUUCUCCAUGCUGUGCUGAGAGAGGUGAUACCAAAAACGAGGCUUUUAAGCUAAAGCAGCAGACAAACCAAAUUCAAUAUAUUCACCCAUUUAUUAAAAAAAAUCACCGAAGGGCAAGAUGCAUUUGUGCCCAACCUUAUAAAGGUGAACUUGUGAAUUCACAAACUUUAGUCUUGUGAGCCAAAAGAAAACAAGAAGGCAGGGCUGUUUAGCUAAAAAGUUGUUUAUUAUUAAAUAGCGUUCACACCAGAUAUUUACUGUGCUGUUUUACUGUAUUUUGGGGGAAAAUUUUGUACACAAACGUUGGUAAAAAUCUGUUUUUUUCCCCCUAACAUUGUCUGCUUGCCAAGAGUUUUGGCAGUGUUGGCACUUAUGCAUCUUCCAGACACUCUGUAUGCACAGUUACUGCCUGUCUCUCAGCACAGUUUAUCAGUCAUUCUCAGCCCAGCCUUAACAAUGACAAGGUAGUGUGUGUGUUUUUUUUUGCUACCAGCAGUGUUACCAGGAUCUUAAACAAACUCCACAUCACUGCUCCACUCUUCUGUCCAGCAACAGAAACGGUGCUGAGGUCAGAAUCUGACACUCAUAAAGGGGCUAGAAAAUAAUGACCACACAUUAUACCUGUGAAGUAAUAAAAUGGUCAGUAUGAAUAUCCACUACCCUGUCAGUGUCACACAGCUGUGCUGAGAACGAUCCUCCACCAGAAUACUGUGCUCAGCUGUAAUCCUGCAGUGGUCUCUUUCCCCUGAUGGAUCUAUGCAGAGCGUUGGUAAUUAUGGACCUAUUAAAAUGGAGUGGAACUACACUACAUUGCCAAAAGUUUCGGGACACCUCUCCAUAUCAUUGAAUUCAGGCGUUCCAAUCAUGUCCAUGGCCAUAGGUGUAUAAAAUCAAGCACCUAGGCAUGCGGACCGCUUCUACAAACAUUUGCGAAAGGAAGGGUCGCUCUCAGGAGCUCAGUGAUAGUGUGAUAGGUUGCCACCUGUGCAAUAAGUCCAUUCAGGACAUUUCCUUACUACUAAAUAUCCCAUGGUCAACUGUUAAGUGGUAUUAUAACAAAAUGGAAGCAAUUAGGAACAACAGAAACUCAGCCACGAAGUUGUAGGCCACAGAGCGGGGUCGGCGCAUGCUGAGGCACACAGUGUGCAGAACUCGCAAACUUUCUGCAGAGUCAACAGCUACAGACCUCCAAACUUCAUGUGGCCUUCAGAUUAGCUCAAGAACAGUGCAUAGAGAGCUUCAUGGAAUGGGUUUUCAUGGCCGAGGAGCUGCAUCACCAAGUGCAAUGCAAAGUCUCGGAUGCAGUGGUGUAAAGCACUGUAGAGACGUGUUCUCUGGAGUGACUAAUCACGCUUCUCUGUCCGGCAGUCUGAUGGACGAGUCUGGGUUUGGUUUUGGCGGUUGCCAGGAGAACGGUUCCUGCCUGACGAGUGUUCAUGCGCACGUAAAGGCAGCCGUUCCAAAACUUUUGGCAAUAUCGUGUACAAGACCGGUGCACCUAAUACACAAAAGUGGCAACUCUGCAAAGUUCUCACUCUAGAGCUCGUAUUUAACUCUAGUGUUUGUUUUACGCUGACAGAUCACUCAUCUUCUGUAAACUGAUGGACCGUACAGCACUCUUUAACAGCCGGUAUACAUAUCAGUGGCAAUAAAAGGGUUCAUCUGCAUACAGACCUUGAUACCUAACACUAUUGCAAGCACAAUUUAAAGUCAUUUGAAGUAUUAUUUUAUCUAUUUCUCUUGAUGUUGGUCGCUUCACCAUUUUUCUACCAGAUGUAUUUUAUAUAGGAAGGGGACAGUAGGAGUUUAAACACAAUAACAGCAACGUUUCAUUAAUAAGCUCUGAAGAUCUUUGUCAAUAAUGAGAGGAUGUUGUGUUUAAUGAACAGGAAAAGACAUUUAUUCAGGUUUAGAGCCAGUGCGUGGCUUAUUAUAUUUGUCAUGAAUGAGAAUCAUCAUCAGCAUUGUUUACCAUAAACUCAGCAGUUUUAAAAGACACAGUAUUAAAAGUCCCGUGUGACUAUGCAGAUAAAUGUGCACUUGGUAUUUGCAAAGAUUUUUUUUUUUUGUCCUUCAGAUUAUUAUAAUAAGAGUUAGCUUAGAAACUGAAUCUGAAUUCAGACUGAAUCGCAAUAACUGAUGCAAUAUUGCCAUGCAGUAGAUCUCUGGUCGCUUAGAAAGUCCAUCACUUUUCACAGCAAUUGCAGUUUGCCUUCCAGGCAGCAGAGGGUGCUACAAGUUACAAAUUACUCCUUUAAUAAGAGCAUCGUUGGAACACGUUCUGCUCGUGUCAGAUGUGACGGUUACAUCCAGAUGUGGUUAAUGCAGUUAGUAUCAGUAUUUUUUUUAUUCGCUGAAGCUGUGCAGAUGUGUAAACAGUGUUGCAGUGUGUUUGGUCACGUGGUCAUACUCCGACACUUUCAUAUCUUUCUAUAGCAGUGUGUCAUUGAACGAACGUUAUGUUUUCUAACAGAAUCAUUUUAAUGCACUCGAUUCCCCACAAUGAACUGUUUGGACACCGAUCAGGCAUAACAUUAUGACCACCUACCUUUUGCUGCCAAAACAGCCCUGACCCGUCAUGCACUGUGUAUUCUGACGCCUUUCUAUCAGAACCAGCGCCUGCUGGAUCGGAUCACACCUUCGGGCCAGCCUUCGCUCCCCACUGUGCAUCAAUGAGCCUUGACCGCCCAUGACCCUGUUGCCGGUUCACCACUGUUCCUUCCUUCCUUGGACCACUUUUGAUAGAUACUGACCACUACAGACCGGGAACACCCCCACAAGAGCUGCCGUUUUGGAGAUGCGCUGAUCCAGUCAUCCAGCCUUCACAAUUUAGCCCUUCGUCAAAUCCUUACGCUUACGUCCAUUUUCCCCCACCCACUAACAGGUGCCAUGACCUCAGUCAGUGCUCAUAAUGUUAUGCCUGAUCGAUGAGUGUCAUGAACAGCUCUGACCACUGGGAGGCUGCAGUCUUUUCAGCAUGAGUCAUGAGCAAAAUAAAAACCAAAAGCAAUAUUA